AUCAUUUUUCUCUCCUAACUCCUCCCUUCCUCCUUCUCUAAUUGGCGGACGAUUGGCGGACGAUUCCGACCGCCACGACUACAGCCAAGACAGGUUUUUUCUGAGGUGUUGUACGAGGGAUUGCAACGAACUCAGAAGCCAGACAGGCAUGGAAUAUGAUAAUCUUAAAACCCAGCUGAAAGAGUGCAGUGGUCGUAUAAAUGCUCUUCAAAGCAGAUUGGAAGGUCAUGGCUUGUCCAUGAAUAUGCAGAUGAAGGUCCUUGAAGAGAGGAUUGAAUCCAUUUAUGCUAAGUAUUUCAAAGUCAUAGAAGCUUUGAAGGAAAAAAAUGAUGAUCUGUUAUCAGAGACUGGAGCAAUGAAGAAGCUGGAUAGGGAAUGGAAGGAAUUGAAGGAAGGGAAGGAAAAAUUAUUAAAGUUGGAGGCUAAGAUGAAGGCGGACAAAGAAGUGCUGGUGGGGGAAAUAAAUGAGCGGUUAUCAAAGCUCAAAGAUUACAUGAGGACAUCAGAGAAGGAUACUGCAGCUAUGAUUGCAGCUAUGAUUGCAAAUUUAACUGAAAAGCUGAUUUUCAAUUUUAAGUGGAGCAGAGGAGGGCUGAGGCUGCAUGGAUAUGGUGGAGUGGUGAAGUCAUGACCUACAUUACAUUUUUGCAAGAGGCAUGAUAAACAUGGUGACAAGUAGUCUUUGAUUUUGUAAGUUUUUUUGUGUGAAUAUGAUACAAUACGGGUUAACAAGAGCCUACAAGAGUGCAUAGCAAACCUCAGUGGCUGAAAAUCUUUACUUUAAAAUGAUUACGGGUUGUUUAAUUUUCUUGAACAAUGAUUACGAGUUGUUUAGUUUCUUUACUUUAAAAUGAUGAGUUGUUUAGUUUUUUUAA